AUUGAUUCCAUCAAAUCAAACCGUCUGGAUCGGAUUUUUCCUUUGUUUUCUCCUUUUUCCUCUUCUCUACAUAUUUCUUUUCUUUGACCAUUUACUUCACCCCAAACACUUUUUCUAGGGUUCCUUUCUUCUUCUCCUCUCACAUGGCGAUUUGCACUUCCUCUUCCACUUCCUUUUCAUCAUAUGACAACCCCAUCAUAUCAGCUCCCGCUGACGGUUCUUCUUCGGGAGCUGCUGUUGACGAUGCAUUCGAGGACGCCUGCAGUAUCUGUCUCGAGCCUUUUUCUGCCCAAGACCCACCCACUGUCACCAGCUGCAAACAUGAAUAUCAUCUUCAAUGCAUUCUUGAAUGGUCACAGAGAAGCAAAGAGUGUCCAAUAUGUUGGCAGCUUCUUGUCUUGAAGGAUCCUGCCUGCCAAGAACUUCUGGCUGCUGUUGAGACUGAGAGGUGUUUAAGGUCAAGAAACACAUCUUCUACUGCAUCCAUAAACCUACCUCAUUUUCACGAGGAUUUUGAUGUAGAACAGGAUUACUAUUCAGAUGACUCAGAUUCUGAUGAGCAUAUUAUGCAGCAUCUGGCAGCUGCUGCAAGCAGAGCUCAUUAUUUCCGCAGAAGGGAGAGGCAGAGAUCUUCUGAACAGGGUUCCUCCCAGUUUCUCAUCUUUAACUCAGCUUCAAAUGUACCAAGUGCACAGCAAACGCACAGUUCUACUGAAGAAGGCCAGGAUGUAUAUAAUGGGUCUUCUGGGGGUAAUUUGCCAACUCAUCUCAUGCCAUCAGAAGCUGUGCCAUCUGUGGCCCCUCCUGUUGUGAAUGUGGUCUCUAGUGCUGCUAUAAACAGAGACGUUCAUUCCAAACCCAGAGUUUUCACUAGACCAUCACCAACUGAUGCUCCCCAAAAUCCUUCUGAGGUGUUGUCUUUCUCAGAGUCCAUUAAAUCUAAAUGGAUUGCUGCUUCAGCCAGAUACAAGGAUUCGUUCUCUAAAAGUACUCGGGUUAUGAAGGAGAAGCUAUGUGCACGUAAUAAUUCAGUUAAGGAGCUCAGCAAAGGAGUUCAGAGGGAGAUGAGUGCCGGUAUUGCUGGCGUUGCACGAAUGAUUGAACGACUAGAUAUUACCUCAAAACGAACUGGAGCCUCCAGUCCAGUUUCAGAUUUGAGGCCAGGAGCAUCAGAUCUCUUCUCAAAGGGAAAGGGCAUGCAAGAGAACAUUAUCACUCAGUCAUUUGACGAAAAAAGCAAGGAAAUUGCACAUGCUGCAAGUAUGGAUGUUUCUUCACAUGUCUCCUGCACGGUCCCAGGUCUGAAUAUACAGAGAGAUCAUUGAUGCUGUGGAGCUCAAAACUGGAUGUUUAAUUGUGUUUUUAUCAGGUCUUCUGAGAAUGGAGCAAAUGGUGCAAGUGACGUGCUGUGAAGAAACCAAUUUACCUGUUGGUUUGCGUCCUGCAUUGCCUAUUUAUGCAUAGUAAGGACCUUGUUAGUAGGAAUUACUUCCCUGCAAAAUAUAUAUAUAUAUAUAUAUUUGAUCAUGUCCUCUGUUGAGGACACAUACUGAAGAUAACAUAUAUGAUGAAGGUGUUCUCUUGCAUUAUCAUGAACUCUGUCAGUGUUGGCCUUCCAGUUAUAGAAGAAACUAGAUCCCUACUCUGCA